UCAGCCUCAGGUCCCCCAUUCCCAUUCCCCAUCAACAAUUCAUCCUCCGCACACCUCUCCUCUCCCAUUAUCGCUUCCCAGAAGAGCAAAAAGGAAAAAUCAAAAGCUCUUAUUCUUGAUCUUUUUCCAAUUUUUCUCGAAUUUCUUCGCCGAUAAACAUGGCCGCUGUUGAGAGCAGUAAUCUUCCGGGGCGGAGGCCGCUCAGCCGCCUGCAGCGGAUGGCGCCGGCAUCGAUACAGAUCAACCCCGUGACGGAAUGGAAAGUGGCUAUACCGUUGUUGUCGCCGUUGGUUCAGUCGCCGAACAAUCUGACGGCUGAGUUGAAGUCUGGUUCGAGUGGUGAUAAGGAACCGGUGUCUGCGGCGGAGAAGCCGGUGGUGGUUAUGAAGAAGUGGCAGCACCCGGCUGCGCCGUUCAAUUAUGAGCCGGCGCCGUUGUUGCCUUUUAUUUGUACAGGAAGCUUAGAUAGAUGAGAAUUUCUAUUUUUCGAUUUUAUUUUACCUUUUUUUUUCCUCCAAUUUUUGGAUGGCCUUUUUUUUUUCUCUUUUUGUUAAUAUGCCAGAUUUAAGUACAGCUUCUUUUCUUU